ACAUACUAAUUCGAAAUCACAUUUUUAAAAAGUCUCUCUGAAAGUGAAGUGCUGUAACUGGUUAUUGAUCAAGUUUUAUUUUAUAUAAGUGGAAAAUUAUUUUAAUUACAAAAGAAUCGUUUACUUUGUGUUUAAAAUUAAAAUCAAUUAAAAAAUAUUAAAAUGUCUAAAGCUCCAGCUGUUGGUAUUGAUUUAGGUACAACCUACUCGUGUGUUGGUGUAUUCCAACAUGGAAAGGUUGAAAUUAUUGCCAAUGAUCAAGGUAAUCGGACAACACCAUCAUAUGUUGCCUUCACAGAGACUGAACGUCUCAUUGGGGAUGCCGCAAAAAAUCAGGUCGCCAUGAAUCCUACAAACACAAUUUUUGACGCAAAACGUUUAAUUGGUCGCAAAUUUGAUGAAAAAGCUGUUCAAUCUGAUAUGAAACAUUGGCCAUUUGAAGUUGUAAGUGUUGAAGGAAAACCCAAAAUCGAAGUUAUGUACAAAGAUGAAAAGAAGACUUUCUUCCCAGAAGAAAUCAGUUCCAUGGUUUUAACCAAAAUGAAGGAAACUGCAGAAGCCUAUUUAGGAAAAACAGUAACGAAUGCUGUUAUUACUGUACCAGCUUAUUUUAAUGACUCACAACGUCAAGCUACUAAAGAUGCUGGCACAAUUGCAGGCUUAAAUGUUUUACGUAUUAUUAAUGAACCAACUGCUGCUGCAAUUGCUUAUGGUUUAGAUAAAAAAACAUCUGGUGAACGCAACGUUUUAAUUUUCGAUUUGGGUGGGGGCACCUUUGAUGUAUCAAUUCUCUCCAUUGAUGACGGUAUUUUCGAAGUCAAAGCAACAGCCGGUGAUACACAUUUAGGCGGUGAAGAUUUCGACAACCGCCUUGUCAAUCACUUUGUUCAAGAAUUCAAACGCAAACAUAAAAAAGAUUUGACUUCGAAUAAACGAGCUCUUCGUCGUUUGAGAACAGCAUGCGAACGUGCAAAACGUACACUUUCAUCAUCAACACAAGCCAGUAUUGAAAUCGAUUCCUUAUUUGAAGGUACCGAUUUCUAUACUUCGAUUACACGUGCCCGUUUUGAGGAAUUAAACGCUGAUUUAUUCCGUUCAACCAUGGAACCAGUUGAAAAGGCAAUUCGUGAUGCUAAAUUGGAUAAAGCUGCUAUUCACGACAUCGUACUUGUUGGAGGAUCCACUCGUAUUCCAAAAGUACAACGUCUUCUUCAAGAUUUCUUCAAUGGAAAAGAAUUGAACAAAUCUAUCAACCCUGAUGAGGCUGUAGCUUAUGGUGCUGCUGUACAAGCUGCCAUUCUUCACGGAGAUAAAUCCCAAGAAGUUCAAGAUCUUUUACUUCUUGACGUUACACCCUUGUCGUUGGGUAUCGAAACAGCUGGUGGUGUAAUGAGUAUUUUAAUUAAACGUAAUACAACCAUUCCAACUAAGCAAACUCAGACAUUUACGACUUAUUCGGAUAAUCAACCUGGAGUUUUAAUUCAAGUUUAUGAAGGUGAACGUGCUAUGACCAAAGAUAAUAACUUAUUGGGUAAAUUUGAGUUAUCAGGCAUUCCCCCGGCACCACGUGGCGUACCACAAAUUGAAGUUACUUUUGAUAUAGAUGCUAAUGGCAUUUUAAAUGUAACAGCAUUAGAACGCUCAACUAACAAAGAAAACAAAAUCACUAUUACAAAUGACAAAGGUCGUUUGUCCAAAGAAGAAAUUGAACGAAUGGUUAAUGACGCCGAGAAAUACCGCAGCGAAGAUGAAAAACAACGUGAAACAAUUGCUGCCAAAAAUGCUUUAGAGUCAUAUUGCUUCAACAUGAAAGCUACGAUGGAUGAAGAUAACCUUAAAGAUAAAAUUUCCGAAAGUGACAAAUCAACUAUUUUAGAAAAAUGUAAUGAAACAAUCAAAUGGAUGGAUGCCAAUCAAUUAGCUGAAAAAGAAGAAUUUGAACAUCGUCAAAAAGAAUUGGAAGCUGUUUGUAAUCCAAUUAUUACCAAGUUGUACCAAGCUAGUGGUGGUGCCCCACCAGGUGGAAUGCCAGGUGGCUUCCCAGGUGCUGGUGGAGCUGCUCCAGGAGCUGGAGCUGGUGCAGGUGCCGGACCAACUAUUGAAGAAGUCGAUUAAAUAUGCGGUUGCAGAAAGAGCCAAUGCAGUAUUUUUGCAUAUAUGAGAAACAUUAAAUUUUUGCAUUUUAUUUUUUGUUAAUGGUUUGUAAUAGCAACUCCAAAAUGCUUAAAACUGGGCUGUUCACAAAAUAAAAAUAGCUAAAAUCAUA